AUGUUUGCCCAAAGACACGUUACCACCGCUGCUGGCAUUGAAGCCCAGACAUCUACCUCCGGUCUUGCUCAGGAGGUCCACAGGCAGGCAGAUAAUGCCAAGAAUGCGGCUGAAGAAGCUGCUGCAACUGCUCGCUCCGUCCCAUCACACCCGGCCGCGCAGCCCGCAGGGUCCACUACCACCGCCGCAAAUGUAGAAGCUCAGGCUCCUACCCAACUGUCUGCCAGUCAAAUUCGCGCGACGGCAGGGCAGACUCAAAGUGCCGCCGAGGAAGCUGCUGCAACCGCUCAUACGAAGGGCCCGAAAGUCACUGGCAACGCUGGGGAUGCUGUCACUCAAUUCGAGGCAAAUGUAAAGGCCACAACAGACGCGGCUGUCGCCCAGGGCCAACACGAUGUCCACGCCGCUGCCGUUGCUGGGUCUGGUUACCUUGACCAGGCUAAGCAUCUUGCAGCCAGUGCAUUUGCCACUGCUCAGUCUUACCUACCUGCGUCCCCUGUCGGCUCUAAACCAAACCCGGCGGCUACUACGCAAACACAUUCGAUCACAGAAACACUAGGAUCGACCGUAUCCUCAGCGACAGAGGCAGCUAAGAGCUAUCUGGCGUCUGCGCAAGUAGCUUCUCAGCCCCAUGUUGAUCAGGCAAAGGUGACGCUUGCGCAUAGCAUCGAGAGCGCGAAAGACUAUUUGGGCGGAGAGCAUAAACCCGCUGGAUCUUCGGGCAUUCCGCCGACGACCGCGCCGUUGGAAAGUGGCCCCCAUACAACGACCACGCCGUACCCCUCCACGACGAAGAAUACGCUGAUUGGGGAAAAUGAGAAGAAAGGUAUCUGA